UCUCCGCCCGCUCUCCAACGCGCGCGGCCUCGCAAGCUUCGCCAAGAUGACGCUCAUCGGGCGACUCGGCGAGUCUCCAGAGAUGCACCCGACGAGCACGGGACACGAGGUGCUGCGCUACAACGUCGCGACCAGUUCGGGACCGCGCGAUAGCCCGCGGACCAGCUGGUUCCGCGUCACGAGCUUUGUGCCCGAGGGCCCGCAGAGGGACUUUGUGUUGGGCUUGGAGAAGGGAACACUAGUCUACGUCGAAGGCUCCGCCGAGAUGCAUUCCUACACCGAUUCCGAAGGCAAGCCCCGCUCCGCUCUGAAUCUUGUACAGCAAAGAUUAGAAGUCCUCUCCUCCCCUCGUCGACCAAGAGAAUAAAACAAACUCACCGACAUUAUACUUUGUUGACGACGUUCGCGGUUUUUGGCGUUUUCGCUCUCUUAUCCAUGUUUUUUG